AUGACUUCGAACAUACUAUCCAGGUUUUUGCCCCCUGCUGCGGGAGAGCCCUCGGUGUAUGAGACGUUGCGGCAGCAUGACGAGCUGUCAGAUCAAUCUGACGUGGAAGAAAGAGCAGCUAUGAUGUUAGAUGAAGAGAAUCUCAGUACUGGCUUCCAUGACUACGAGCUUGAUGAUGCUCUGGCCGAUGCUACUGCCGACCAAGGUGCUCCGUCGAGGAUAGGACAUUCGAGCCGGCAAAGCCAGGGAACCUCUGCAAGAAAAGCCCAAAGUCGGGCUAGGACACCACACGCUGCUGGCAGAGUGAACAUAGAUGACUUGGAUGACGAAGUCCCUCAGUCCUUGCUCAUUGAAGACGAGCAAGGCCCAUCGCCGGUGUCGAGAGCUGGGCAGAACAGAGCAUUGCCGCCGCCCGUGUCGGGUCCAUCGAGUAGAGCAACUCGGGCUAAAUGGCAAGCUACUCAGGAACAGCAGCGAUUGCACCAAGACCCCAUAUUCCCGAGAACGCAUAGCAAAGAAAAUUCACGGAGAGGCCACCCUCUAGGAAUGAUGGACCCAAAGGACCGAGCGAUGUGGAUGUGGACGAAUGUCGAAAACCUAGACAAUUUCCUGAAGGACGUUUACGACUACUACACUGGCAACGGGAUCUGGUGCAUACUACUGAACAGAGUGUUGAAUCUUCUUACCUUAGCAUUCGUGGUUGCCUUCAGCAUGUUUCUUGGUUCGUGUAUUAAUUAUAAGGAGAUACCGGACAGCAAGAAGAUGUCUCAGAUUCUUGUUCCACGAUGCACCAAGAACAUGUCUAGGCCCACUAAUCUACUCAUCUGGCUGUUUGCCUUCUUUUGGAUAUGUAAAUUGUUUCAAUACGGCAACGACUUUCGCCAUCUUAGGCAUAUGCAAAGUUUCUAUCGCUACCUGUUAGAGAUCUCGGACACUGACAUUCAGACGGUCUCAUGGCAAGAGAUUGUAAAGCGUUUGAUGUUACUAAGAGACUCGAACCCCGUCACAGCGGCAGCCGUCAAAGACAAACAUCGUCGCUUUCUAGGCAGCCAGUCCAAGCAACGCAUGGAUGCCCAUGACAUUGCGAACCGUCUGAUGCGAAGAGAAAACUAUAUGAUUGCCCUGAUCAAUAAAGACAUCCUCGAUCUCACGCUACCUGUGCCUUUCUUGAGAAAUAGGCAGUUUUUCUCAAAGACCCUCGAAUGGAACUUGAGCUUGUGUAUCCUAGAUUUUGUGUUCAACGAGCAAGGUCAGGUCAGGCCUUUAUUCCUCAAAGAUAUCCGCCGCCGUGCUCUCAGCGAUAAAUUACGAGAACGGUUCAUCUUCGCAGGAUUCAUGAAUCUCUUCUGUGCUCCUUUCUUAGUGAUCUUCUUCAUGCUCUAUUACUUCUUCCGCUAUUUCAAUGAGUAUCAACGCAACCCUUCUCAGAUCGGGUCUCGUCAAUAUACUCCGCUGGCGGAGUGGAAAUUUCGAGAGUUCAAUGAGCUCUGGCACCUAUUUCAGCGACGCGUCAACAUGUCAUACCCCUUUGCAUCACGUUACCUCGAGCAGUUUCCCAAGGACAAAACGAUUCAGAUUUCAAGAUUUGUUGCAUUCGUCACCGGUGCCCUGGCUUCCGUUCUCGCCCUGGCCUCUGUCAUUGAUCCGGAGUUAUUCCUGACAUUCGAGAUCACGCCCGAACGCACAGUCCUAUUUUACCUCGGCGUCUUUGGGACUGUCUGGGCCGUCGCUAGAGGCAUUGUGCCUGAGGAGAACCUUGUCUUCGAUCCCGAGUACGCUCUCAAUAAUGUUGCGGAAUACACGCACUAUCUCCCAAACCAUUGGCGAGAUCGACUCCACACCAACGAAGUACGUGCGGAGUUUGCUACGCUCUACAAAAUGAAGUUGAUAAUAUUUCUGGAAGAGAUCCUCAGCAUUAUCAUCACGCCCUUGAUACUCUGGUUCAGCCUCCCAAAAUGCAGUGAUCGGCUUAUAGACUUCUUCCGCGAGUUCACGGUCCAUGUUGAUGGACUCGGAUACGUCUGCUCUUUUGCAGUGUUUGACUUCAAGAAAGGAGGCAACAACACUGCCCCCCUAGAUGGUGAAGCAGCGCAGGAUCUCCGCGAGGAAUACUAUUCGACCAAGGAUGGCAAAAUGCUAGCUUCAUACUACGGCUUCAUCGACAACUAUGUGACCAAUCAACGGCCUGGGGCACCUUUCCUCCAUCCAACAACUAGGUCAAGCUUCCAUGUACCCCCUGUAUUCCCAGGCCUGAUGUCCCCAACUCUAAUUGCCGAAGUUCAUGGGCCAGCUCUAAGCAGACCAGCGAGAGCAGAUCGCCACAAGCGAGCUCCCACCCGAUCAGCCUUGUCCGGCGUAACGGCAGGACAACAAUUGGUGCACCAACGUAAUCCGAGAUUCGCUCCUACAGGCGAUCAUGCAUCACCUAUGGCUUCCAUCUUGUUGGAUCCUCAACACCAGCCUGCACCUACUGGUCCAAGGACGCAGCGUAGAUUUGGCACCCAGUCUCGAUUGCGGACGACAACCAAGCCACUUCAGGAUCCUUUGGAAGACGAGGAAGAGGCUCUGCGGGAGAAUGAUGAACGCUUGGGCGCCGAUGGUAGUGAAGGUGCGGCAGACGAUAGCCAUCUGGGUGAAUCGUGGAAGACGACUCAUGCUGGGACUCUGGAUGAGAAUGGCGAUGAAGACGUCCAGGCAACAAAUGAUGAUAGAGGGCCUGGUGGUAUCUUGGGCUUGGUUUACCAAUUUUCGAAGGCCCAAGAGGGUAGGGGUGGUACCUUCCUACCACAGUUGCCCAGUUUUAAUUACAUCACGGCCGAACUACCCUCUCUAGCCACACCGUUGGAUCUGAGGUCGAUGGCCGCCCAUGACCCAGUCCCGGUGGAGGAUAUCGACUAUGAAGCUUUACCGCCCAAUUUCACAGCCUUGGAGAACAUGUUGGCUGGUGGAUUUGCCGGAGUCGCCGAACACUCUGUCAUGUAUCCAGUCGACAUGCUGAAGACUCGCCUCCAAAUACUAAAGCCCGCCGAAGGCGGCCUGUACACCGGCAUGCACCAAGCGUUUUGGAAGAUACGGAGGAUAGAAGGACUCAGGUCGAUGUGGAAAGGUGUCUCAAGUGUGAUCGUCGGGGCUGGUCCGGCGCAUGCCCUCUACUUUUUGACCUACGAGGCGGUGAAGCAUGCCAUGGGAGGAAACAAUUCAGGCCAUCAUCCACUCGCAGGAGCUGUCAGUGGGGCUUGCGCAACGAUUGCCAGUGACGCUUUGAUGAACCCAUUCGAUGUUAUUAAACAACGCAUGCAGGUCCAUGGCUCGAUGUACAGGUCAAUACGGCAGUGUACGAAAUCAGUCUACAAGAACGAGGGCCUCCGGGCAUUCUACAUCUCGUAUCCAACGACGAUAAGCAUGACCGUUCCAUUCACCGCGCUGCAGUUCUCGGCUUACGGCUCCAUCUCGCAAUAUCUCAACCCUUCACGAGAUUACAACCCUACGACGCAUAUAGUUGCCGGCGGGCUGGCGGGAGGCUUGGCCGCAGCAUUGACAACACCCUUGGAUGUCAUCAAGACUUUGCUGCAAACUAGAGGUACUGCGAAAGAUAAUGAGCUGAGACAUGCGAAAGGAAUGUUCGAUGCAGCGGCCAUUAUCAAGAGACAACAUGGGUACGGGGGCUUUUUCCGUGGUCUACAACCAAGAAUCCUGACGACGGUACCCAGCACUGCUAUAUGCUGGAGCUCGUAUGAGUUGGCUAAGAAUUAUUUCAUCCGUCAUAACGAUGAGCUCUGA